AUGCACGUCACCCACCCCGUUGCUGGGGCGGCGCACCCACGCUGCGGCCGCAACGCAGAGAGGCCGCACACGCACGCACGCAGCGCACCGCGUGCCAGUCCCGUCUGUGAGUGGGAGGCGGCCCCCGCCACUCCGCCCGAGCGCAGCGCGCCUCGCAGCGGCGGCGUGCAGCCGCAGGGCUUCCUACUCCUACACGAAAAACGCGGCGCAUCCCACAGGCCCGCCCUUCGCCCCAUCGCGUGGGCAAAAAAGGAGCCGCAGGGACACGCCGCACCGGCGCCGACGCCGCGGACGAGCAAAGCCCCGCAGGGCCAUCUACGCAGCGCGGGCGCGGGGGAGAAAGCAAGCAGGGAGAGGCGGGGGUUGAAGGCGCGCGAACGCACGGCGGGGGCAGAGCGAAAAGGACAGUCCACGCAGCCACGAAUUGGCGCGCUCUGGAGAGCAAAUAAAAACAGCGGGGAGCUUAGCAGGGCCCUGCAAGAGAAACAAAACUAA